AUGCCUACCCAAUCACGGGGCUUCUAUAAUUGCGACUACUGCGGCAUCGCCUGUGAUACUCCCGAAGAGGCAAAAGACCACGAAUUUCACUGUCCCAAACGAGCAGGAAGUCAGCCCAACAAUUCCUCUGCACCAGCACCAUCUGCCACGCCUGUACAACCAAGAUAUCCACCUGGAGCCAUCAUGCCGCCAAGUCACCCUUAUUUCAAUAUGCCGCCUCAAGAAAUGGAAUAUCCGCCUGCUAUGAUGCAUCCGAUGGCGGCCAUGAAUCCAAAGGAAAAGUGUAUUACUCUCUUGGGUCCACACGAACGCACUCAAUUGUCACUGGAAGAUGAAAUUGCAUGUCAGAACAUUGAACUCUUUGAAGUGACUGCUGAUGAAAUUGCCGAACUCAAUCGCAAUGGAGUCAACGUCGUCGCCAAACAAGUGGGUAUUCGAUGCAUUCACAGUGGUAGAAUACCUGCUACUGCAGCUCAAAGUACGCUCUUUCCUGGUAGUUUGGGGGAUAUUGCCAAGUGUGUACGAACUAUCGCUGACAAUCACCUGAGUGUCAGCGAACGAGUGCCACCCGAAGUGCGGGAGGCUUGCAAACGGGCCGCCAGCAAACGGGAACAAGGGGAAGAGGGGAAUGAUAGUGACCAGAUGGCAUCACUCAUUGGAUAUUGUGUCGAGUUUUGCAGUCGGUUGCGAAUUGUCAACAAGCAACCUCACAAGACGGGGAUUGAAUUUAGUGUGGGUCCAGAAAUGGGUCAGUACCCUGCCGCUUAUGGCAUGUCCACACCAAUGGUACCAGGUCGAAUGGGAGGUCCAGGUCCUUACUCUGUAGAUCGCUAUGCUCCAAUGAUGGGAAUGGAACGAAUGUCCUUUCGAACACCUGGACCACCCAUGUCUCGAGGAGGACCACCUCUGUCUGCAAUGAUGGGUGGAGCAACGCAAGGGCUAGAAGCGGUUUCUGCCACGCCACUUCAGAGUGCAAGAAAUCGCGAAGGAGCUCCUGGAAUGUAUUCUGCAGAACGGGACGGUGCUCCCACUCAAGCAGGAUAUCCUCCUCAAUAUCCUCCAGGUCAAGGACCACCAUCAUCCUUCGGACGUCCAGAUGGACCACCUGGGGGACCAAAUCCAUCGGACGCUAGCUACGAAGGACAAGCACAAGAACAAGGCCAAAUGUCUGCCCAACGCCAAGAUGGAACUCCUCCUUCUGGAUAUUCGGAAAUGACACAGUAUGAUCUUCCUCCUCACUUUCCUUACUAUCAAGAAAGAGAUCGAAGCUGGCACUGCAAAUAUUGCAGUCAUGUUCCGCCGCAAUAUCGUGACCCACAAGGUCUUUGGACUUCUCCUAGUGGGAGCCCACCACCCGGCAAUUUUAUUGAUGAACACUUGAGCAUGUGCCGAUUGUACCAUCAAACGGUGUCCUCACAACACAUGUACCAAAGUGCAUCCUAUGCGCCUUCCAUGUAUGGACCUCAGCACCCAGCAUCCAUGUAUGGGCCACCACCUGGCCCAUGGGAUGCCCACUAUCCAUCACAACCAGGAUUUUCAUAUCCAGGAAUGCCAGAUGGACGCUAUCCAGAGGAGGCAUAUGCUGACCAAAGAGGAGGACUACCUGGUCAAAGACCUAGUCAUUUGGGUCCUCCCAGUACUACCAGUGGACCACCCACUAGAACAAGUGCUCCUCCAGCAUUGCCCCGACCAGAAAACUCGGCAGAUACCAUUCGACACUGCGUUAGUCAUCUAUUGAUGAAGGAGGGAGAGUACUAUGCUCGGGAUCCAGACAAUGCCAAGAUUCCAAGACUGGUGCUUGAAGAUGAUCGACUAUUAUUGACAGACUAUUUCUUUCAUCUCAUGAAGCAAUUGAGGCUCUGUCGAUUCUCCGAAUCCGAUCGCAAAACCCGAGGGGGAAAACGGGAAAAGAUCAAGAUUGGAUAUGGAGGAUUGCAGUGCGUUCAUUGUGCUGACGUUCCAAAUUCUCGCAAGUUCUUUUGGAGCAAUGUGGACCGACUGGCGAAUAGCUUUGCCGAGAUUCCAGGGCACGUGCUAAAGUGCCGUCGCUGUCCACAACAAACCAAGGAGGCUCUACUAAAUCUCAAGGCCUUUCAUCCAGAGCAGAUGGCUAGGUUGCCUCGAGGAUCACAAAAAGUCUUCUUUCGACGCAUGUGGAGACGUCUUCACGAUGAAGAUCCGGGUGCAACUGGUAUUCCUGCCAGCACUUCCAACGAGGAGAAUGUGACUCCAGAAAAGGCCAACUUGGAUAGCCCAGAGUCCAAGGGUAGUGAUAGCAAGAGCGGGCACUCCAGCCCUGGAAGCCCUAGGAAUGAUGAUAGCAUUGUCCCGAUUCUACCAACCAAGGAGGCUGCGGAAGUAUUGGCAAAGUCGAAAGACCAUGAGAAAGACUCGGCAUCCUCAUCCAAUAUUCUUUUGGCUGUUUCCGAAGACAAGAACUGGUUGUCGGACAUGGAUUGCUUUAUUCGAAAGCAAAUUGAAGUAUUCUGUGCUACGGAAGAGGAUGUCGCGACCGCCCGAUCGGAUCGCAAGUACCCUGUCAAAGUGGGUCAAGUCGGCAUUCGGUGCAUUCAUUGCUCCACCGCAGAGGGGGGGGCUACUGGCCAAGCUGUAUCGUAUCCAUUUUCGAUCAGUGGCAUCUACGAGUCGGUUCGAGAAUUCCAACGACUGCAUCUGGACUCUUGUGAAAACGUGACGGAGGAGACGAAAGUGAAAUUGGCUGCCUUCAAGGGCUCUUCCUCUUUGAGCUCGGUCCUUCGAAAGUACUAUGUUUCGGCAGCCCGAGCACUGGGGCUUCAAGAUAGCUCAGAAGGUAUUCGAGCCAGCGGUGAGUCGGUUCCAAUCACUUCCCAAGGUGCUUUCAAUACUCCAGACCAGCAAUCUACCCCAAAACUGGCCAAUAAGUCGGAAGACGACGAUGAAGCCAAAUCAUCUGAUGUUGAGGCAGGAACUAGCUCGCCGAGCGAGAAAGCGCCUGCUGUAUCCGAGAAAGACAAGGCGGCAAGCGGCGAGUCUGAAAGCAACAAGCUGGACAAGAGUGCAGCGGAAAGCAAAGAGUCAGAAGAAAAGGAAUCGGAGAAGGAUGUUUCUACAAUCAAGGCACCAGAGAGCAUGAAAGCCGACAAUAAGGAUGCUGAGGACAAUACUCCCAAGAAAAAAGGAUCCGAUACCAUUGCAAGUGAGAAAAGUGAAUCAGAUGAGCAAGCGCCCGAAAGUAGAAGUGAUUCACCUGUAAGCACUUCGACUGCCGGAAAGAAGCGUGCUUCUCCCACUGCGGAUUCCGAGCCACCUGCAAAAAUGGCCAAGACCGAUGCUACUGUGGAAACGAAUGACACUGCUGUUGACACUGCCAAGACUCCUAGAAAGACGAGCGAAUGA